GGCAUUUUAGUAAAACAAUAGCCAUGAAAACGUUGUAUUUAAUAUUUGCAUUAUCCUUCCUUAUCGACUUGGCGAAAUGUCAAAAUCGGUUGCGAAUUUCCUUUGAUGAGUUUGCCAUCAAGUAUAAGGUGCCAGACGUUUUCGAAAAGAUGGAUUGCAAUUUGUUUCAAUCGAAUAAUCGAAGCUUCGUCAACGCCGAGAUGAUACUCAAAAGGGAAAUUGCAGAUUUGAAUGUUCGUGCACUAAUGGAGUUUUGGAAACCAAACUCCCAAACUAAAUUGAAGUUGUACGAUGUUCGAUUGGAUGCGUGUCGCCUGCUCCAAACUUUUAACAAAAAUAAACUGUUCUACUUCUAUGUGAAGAGCUUUAAAAAACACUCCAACGUUAUUUUGUCGUGUCCCUUUAAAGCGAACUUUACGUAUAAAAUGAAUGAUUGGUAUUUGGAUGAAGAGGAGCUACCACCGUUUGCUCCUGUUGGCAAAUUCCGCACGGUCACCGAAUACUUUAUUCAACAACGAUUGAUAAUACGUGUUGUUACACAGGGUGGAAUUUCGUAAAAUUAUUAGAAAUGGU